UACGCUCCGCCUCUCCGCUGUGGCCCUUUGCCGCGAAAUGUGCCCGUGUUUCCGUGCGGUACAGGAGCAACAUGGCUGCUGUUUACUCGGCGGAGGAGGGCUCUCUGCUGCAAACAAGCGCUGAGAAUUCAUCUACGGAAAACAGGGAAGACGCGCCACAAGAGCAGAGCCCGGCUUCGGGGAGCGGCGAGGGAGAUUCGGGCCUGGAAGAGACCGGGGUGGAUGGGGAGCUGCCUGCCGGGGUCCCUGCAGAAGAGGCCGGGCAGCAUGGAGGAGAGGAGCCGCAGGGGGUGGCGGUGCCGCUGAUUAAAAUAAAAGAGGAGCAGAUUGAGGAAAAUGAGUAUAUAACCGUCCGCCUGAACGAGUCCGGGGAGGAUUCAGAAGAGCAGACUGUCAGAGAUGAAAAUAUGGAAGAGGAUUGGCCAUUUCGCUGUGAAGAUUGCAGUGAGGCAUUCAGGGACAAGGAGGCUUACCUGGAGCACAGUCGCGAGCACACUCACGACGGCCCAAUAGUCUGCCUGGACACAGACUCUGAGUGGGACGAUCUGCUGGUCUCGACAGAUGGAGGUCGGCAGACGUUGUGCUGCGCUCUGUGUGGGCGCACCUUUUCCAGCUCCAAAGAGUUUUUCACCCACCAACUUGAACAUCAUAACCAAGAUAACGAGCAGCAGUCGAUUUCUGACACCGGUCAGAGCUCAGUUAAAGAUCCAACCAAUCACCAACAAUCACACAAGCAGCCUGCAGAGUCUGUUUCACACGAGGUAGACCAUCUAAAAAAGAAACAAGUAGAGUGCACCACCAAAGCAGAGAAAACUGAGAAAAUUAUCUCAGAUGAUCAAGAUCCUGCUCAGACUGAACACACAGCUGACACAAGCUCUGAGCAGGUAGAAGAGUCUGAGAAAAAGCAGUUUGAUUGCCUCUGUGGCAGAUCCUUUCGCACUCUAUGUGGACUAGGGACACAUCAGAGGUUCUCCACCACCUGCACAGAGGUGGGAAAGGUUAAGUCGGAACAGAAGCGGCCGUACGACUGCAGCGAAUGUGGCAAAAGCUUUCUAACCCCCCUGGCCCUUUCUUGUCACCAGCAUUGGCAUAAAAGACGAGCAAAACUUCGUGGCACUGGGCAGACUUUUACAUGCAAGGAGUGUGGCAGAGUUUUCACCUCACUGACUUUCUAUGAUAAACAUCAGAGGUUAGCUCACAGUAACGAAGAGGCAGCGAAGUCUUUCCAUAGUCAAGUGGUACAGCUCCAGAAGAAGGCUUUUGAAUGUGAAGAAUGUGGUCUUCGAUUUUCUCGUGCCUCUGCCCUGCAGUCACAUCAGCUUUGUCACACUGAUGCUUUUAACGACAUCGUGGAGAAGAGCUCUAAAACAUCGCAACCUGCCGAACACACCCCCAGCUCCUUCCAGAGAAAGCAAGUCAAGGCUGAGCACUUUGCUGUUGGUGCUGUGGUGUACUCAACUGAUGCUUUGCAAGCUGAUGUUUUGGAGAGGGAGUUAAACUCUUCCGAUGAAGACAUCAGCGUAAAUGAUCGUGUGAGGUCAUACAAUGGUUUCGAAAUUGUCAGUGUAACAGAAUCUUCAGAUUCUGGAAGCGACUGUAACUCGGAACAGGAUCUAAAUCUUGAGCUGGUUUGUGAAUCCGACCAGGAUGAAAGAGAGGACUUUAGUUUAAACUUGAGUCAACAGGCCGACGCGGUCCCCUCUGAGCCAGUGAACCCACAGAUGAAUGUAAAAAUCGUACAGGUCGGCUAUGAGCAUUUCAAGGAGGCAUUUGUAAACGCAGGGCUGGACAGAAGCCCUCCUUUAGAUGGCAAGAAGUAUGAUUGUCCCCAUUGUGACAGAACCUUUGUAAAGGCAGUAGCCCUGCGCUGUCACUUGUUAUGGCACAGAGGGGCGAUGGGCAAAAAACCUCGCAUACGGAGGAAUGUCGUCAAGAAGCCCAUCAGGAAAAUUGAAUGUGAAAUUUGUGGUCAUGAAAGUUUCUCCAAGGCUGCUCACUACUUUCAUCUGGGGAAGCACGAGGACCGACAACCUUACAAGUCUAUCUCAUAUCAACUUGAAAAUCUGCAGAAAAAUAGCUUUAAGUGUGAACUAUGUGAAAUGCAGUUUUCUCGCCUUUCUGCUUUGAACUCUCACCAGCAACACCACGAUAUUUUAAAAAAGAAACCCUAUGCAUGCUUGGAGUGCAACAAACGCUAUGCCCAUGCCGGUGGUCUUUACAGCCAUCAGAAGGUGUGCAGUGGUAAGGAGGGUCAUGAGAAAAAGAUGGAGAAUUUUAAUCCAACUAAGACGCUGUUAGGCCCCAAGGUACAUCACUGUAAAAAAUGUGGGAAAGGCUUUUGGUCUAUGGGAGCCUUCAUUCAUCACAAGCAGUAUCAACCGCAGUGUGCAGGCGUUGGCACGGGCAGUUCAGAUGGCUCCCGUCAGCCUGAAGGCGAGCGCGUAAGACGUAAGAGGCGGGGCCGUAAAAGAGGCGUCGUACAUCGUAAUGUCGACCCUGAGCCGAAAGAAGAAUACAAAUGUGCAGUCUGUGGAAAAUCUUAUCGCAUGCUUGGCUGCUUUCUAAAACAUCAGCUAAUUCACGACGCCAGUAAUAACCUACCUCCUGUGAAGUCAUUUGACUAUCAGCUUGGGCAGCUAAAAAAGAACUCCUACAGUUGUCCUGAUUGCGGGAAGCUUUUCUCUCGUGCUAUGGCACUUCAGUUCCACAUGAAAUGUCACGGCUACGAAACGGGCCUUCCGAUUGAAGCAACAAACUCGUCUCAUUCCUCUAAUGGACCUCAGUGCCAAACUUGCCUUGCCUUUUUUACUAGUGAGUCAGCAUUAGAGACUCAUCAAAAACACUGCGUGAAGCCAAAGACUGAGCCUGAGAAACCGGCGGAGGAGAGCCAGGGGAAUCAAUCGAAUCAGUUGAAUGUAGUCCAAGAGAAUGACCCCAAUGUUCAAAUCCACAAGAACAGCCAAAAUGAGGCAGAAACAACAGUGUCUGAAACUCCCGAUUCUGCCGAUUUGACACAUAAAUGCGAGGACUGUGGAAAAGCGUUCUCAGUUGUGGGUGCUCUUCAUUUCCAUAGGAGAAUUCACAUGAAAGGCCGCCCUUUCGAGAGCUCCGAAUGGCAGAACGUUCCCCAAGAAAAAUCUGGAGAGCAGGCAGGCAAAUUCCCGUUUACUUGUCAAGAAUGUGGAAGGAAUUUCUCUACUAACGCAGCUCUUGGCACACAUGCGCGAUGGCACAAAGACAAAAGAAUGGCUAGGUGCUUCUCUAAGAAUAGUAGUAAUAUGUCUAGGAAAAACAAGGGAGUUGGAAAUUACGCGUGUAACGUAUGUGGUAAAAGAUUCUUCUACCUGUGCGUUCUUCGCCGACACCAGAAAUACCACCCUCCGGUGGAUCAGACCCAGACUGAUAAUGAGUUUAGAAGGAGUGAUCCCACUGAAGUUGCAAAUAUUUCUUCUGAAAGCGGUUUUGCAUGUGCAGACUGUGACGUAACUUUCCCUAGCGAGUCUCUUUUAGCCUCCCACAUCUCCUCCCACCAUUCCAGUGAUCCUGAUCUCUCAGUAGAUGCGAAGAAACUGAUGUUAAAAACUGAGUCUAAAAACUUUAGUGCACAGAUUUCAGGUCAGCCCAUCAAAUCCUUUGCUGAUGAUGAUGAGGACGAUUAUGGUGGUGUUGGCGCUGAUUGUGACGAUGACGAUUCGCCCACAUUCCAAAUGAUUCCGGUUAAAGGAAACAGGCUGAGGAUAAAAUAUCAGUGCACGCUCUGCAGAAAGAGCUUCUCAAACAUGCGAGGUCUUCGCGCUCACAAUUGGCAGAAACAUCGAAGGGUUAGAGCAGGUCGUCCACCUGCAAGCACUGAGGUAGACGUUAAGCCUUUGGCUUGCUCAAGAUGUGGUAGACGCUACACUUCGCUCGGAGCUUUGUUUAAUCACGAACGCGCUUGCACGUCAUGCGCUGACGCUCCAAAACCAUUACACAAAACGGUCAAACCGCUUGUAGCAGAGAGGCCAGUUUCGCCGCCACAUUCUCCAGUCAUCGAUCCUACAACCAAAUGUUUCUACAAAUGUUACAAAUGUGGCAAAGCUUUUCCCACCGAGGAUCAGCUGCACGCGCACAAAGAGGCGGCGAGGACCCGGCCGCACAGUUGCGCGCUCUGCUGCCGUGGCUUCUGGACCGAAAGCCAGCUGCAGCAACAUCUUGCUUGGCAUGACGAAGUUCGCAGGCGCCUCCCAACUGAGCUCCGUUACAGAUUUAAUACCUCCUCAGCAUUUGGGUCUUCAGCCAAACCUCAAGCCUCAGCAUGCUCUUCAGGUGCGAAGCCCUUGUCCCAAGUGAGGCCACCCACGAACGCUGUCGUAUCGCAGUCGAGCAAGAGCCGCAAAUGUUCUCGCUGCAACGAAACGUUUUCCUCCCCUCUUGCACUUCAGAAGCACCAGGCUGUCCACAAAAACGAGGAGCCCUAUCACUGCUCUCUGUGCCCUAAGACUUUUGAUGACAUCAGAGACCUCAUUGACCACCAUCAGGAGUGUUUGGGUGAUAAAGAGCUAAGAGACUCCAGCUUAUCUGCCCCUUCUAAAGCUUCUAAAAACAGCGACAGCCUGACUUGUAUCGAGUGUGGCUCAUCUUUCGAUCAGGAAACGGACUUGCAUCAGCAUUACAUUGAGCAUGCACAAGGAGUGUGCUGAACUACAGUCUGCACAGCCUCUAUUUACUGUCGUAAAGGUCCUUCUAGAAUUUUCACAAAUGCACAGAUAGAUAAUGUGGAAGUAACCCUCGUUGGAAUGUAAAAGAGUGAUUUCUGGGUGAUCAUGUAAAGCGUAAAAAAUAAACUAAAAAUCAUGUCUGUGCUCCUUUUGAUGUGUCCUGCAAAUGUUCAAUCAGGAUAGCUGCUAAAUUCAGGUUAAAUCCGUUUAAAUAACCAGUUUUUUGACCAGAUUGACCAGUCUCAAGUUCAUUACUGUGCUCUUGCUAAAUAUUGUUUAGUAGUCAACAGAUUUGUUUAACACAUUUUGCCCAAAACCUUAAUUUUCAGAGGUAAUUUCCAUAUAAAUCAAGUCUUGCUUUUGCGUCAGUAUAGAUGUCCUUAAGGUGCUUCUGAUCUGAUUAUUGUUAGCAUAGAGAUGCUAUCACUGCUGUUUUAGUAGCAAACUUCUGAAAUCUUGUUUUGUGAGACUAUUCAUCAUGAAAUGAUGAAAUGGUUUCACAUAGUAAAAGCAAAUAGUAAUUGAACAAACCAGAUCAAUGUAUAACUCUUGAUAGGUUGAUGGUGUAAAUUAACACCAUUUGUAAAUAUAGAUGUCUUCAGUUUUAUUUUUUAGAUAUAAAGUAAACAUGAAUGAAUAUUCUACACUGGUGCAUCCUAAAAAAUAGAAUAUCAAUGAAAAAGUACUUUGUUUAAGUAAUUCAGUUCAACAUGUGAAACUAUAUAUAGAUCUACACUGAUAACAUGUCUCUCCAAACCAUCACUGAUUGGUGGAAACUUCACACUAGACCUCAAGCAGUUUGGACUGUGUGUCUCUCCACUCUUCCUCCAGACUCUGACCCAUUGAUUUACAAAUGAAAUGUAAAAUUGAAAAUUUACUAAUGAUCAGUGAUGGUUUGGAGAGACAUGUCUGUCAUCUGCUGGUGUUGAUCCACUGUGUUUUAUUAUCAAGUUUAAAGUCAAUGCAGUUUUGUUUUCCCACAAAAUCUUACAGCACUUCUUGCUUCCCUCUGCUACUGACAACUUUUAUGGAGAUGAGGAUUUCAUUUUCCAGCAGGACUCGGCACACUGCCCACUUUGCUUAAAAGCAACAAUGGGUCUUAUAUAAUAUUAGGGUAAUGGGUUUUCAUUGGCCGUAAAAUAGAUCACUCUGUGUUUAAUACAUCUAUAUAAUAUGAGUUUCACAUUUUGAACUGAAUUAGUGAAAUAAAGUAACUUUUCAAUAAUAAUCUUUUCUUUUUUUUUUUUUUUUUGAGAUGUACUUGUACCUUCAACCAUAAAAUUCUCAUAAAAUUUAUUAUUAGCGGGUGCACUGUAAUAAAGGUGGUAAAUCUUGCGAUUAAAAAUCCUGGGACACUACAGCAAACUAGAAUGUAUAUGAAUAUAUAUAUAGCUAACAUUGUAAUUAUUUUGUUGGUUUUUUUUUUUGUUGUUUUUUUCUUUAAAGAAAUUCUAAUGAUAAAUGUUGAAUUGUAUUUCAGUGAUAAUCAUUUUGUUUUAUUCCUAGAAAUGUUUCCAGUUUUAACUAGAAGAUGCUGUGGACUGAAUUGUGUAUAGAAGACUGUAAAAGACAUGGAAUUCACUCUUCUAUUAUUUUGUUCUCCCUUUUCUUACAAUUUAGAGCUUGUAAACACAUCUCUGGGGUUGGUUUAACUCUGUUCUAACAGACACGUGACACACUGGUUCAUCUUACUUCAGUAGCAUUCGCUUCUGAAGCUCUUAUCUACCUUAAAGGGGAGCUCUGGUUCAAAAUUUAUUUGAUUGUAGUAAAACAUGAUUAAAAAAAAGUACUUACCUUUGUUGAAUAGCACACCUCCGCUCUCCUACAGCGUUCCGAGAUCCAGACAUUUUAACAGUUUGUCCAAACACCCUUCAAACUGGGUGACACGGGGCAUAAUUUGCUCAAAAUAGCCUCACACCUACUUGGUAGAAUCCAGAGAGCCCUGACAUUUAAAAAAAAGGCAUUAAUAACUUUAAAAGUGCACAAGAAGUUCAUUUAAAAAGCACUGUUUACAUUCCACAGCACUUCUUUGUAGCUCUGGGCGCCGCUAUCACUGUACUGAUAAUGACACAGACAUAUAUACAUAGACUCUGCAUAGCUUUUAGUCUCUGGAUUCUACCAAGGAGGUGUGAAGCUACUUUGAACCUUUGAAUUUAUUGGGGUAAAAUAUGCCCCAAUACAGCAGUUGUACUGAGUGCUAGGCAAAAAGCACAAAAUUACUGGAUCUCAGAAAGCGAGAGGAGAGCGGAACAGUGCUAUUUAACAAAGGUAAGUACAUGUUUUUUUAUCAUGGUUUACUACAACAAAAGUCCAUUUUACACCGGAGUUCUCCUUUAAAGCACUUUAGAUUUGACGUGGUAUCUCCUACACAUAUAGCUUAGUGUUUCCCAGCAGGCUUUACGCUUAGACUGAGGACUAUUGUUGAAAGUUUUUGGGAAAAUUUACCCUUGUUUUGCCCUUAGGCUAAGAAACCACACACCAGUUACAACUGAUACACCAACACUAUCUGCUACGAUACUCUUAUACAAUACGUAGAGCUACAUAGCUAAGAAUUCUGCACCAGGCAUGUUAAUAUGAUGUAUCUGGUGACUUUUUUUUUCUUGAGUGUUGAAAGUUUGAAAGUAUUUUUAAUAUACAUAUAUGUAUAAUGUGUAGUUCUUUUUGGCCUUCAGUAAGCAUUAAAAAGGAGUGUAGAUAUUAUUUUUUUUAUUUCCGUUGAAUCAAGUACAUGCUAAUUAAAUCAGUCUUUGUGGUAGAUUUGUUUUUGAAAGUGACUGGGUAUGUAUGUUUAAUUAGGUAUUAUUUUGUGAUUUCUCUCCUGUGUUUCUUUCUUGAGUUAAACUCUCCUAAACUCUAAUCACUUUCCUUUUGACGUUUUUUAUAAAGAUUUGUUCUUACGAAAAAAGAACUGCUGCUGCUUAUUGAAACGACCUUGUUGUUAUAAUUAACGAGUCCCUGGUAGAAAGAGUGUGUUGUAAGAAGUGUGUAACGUGUACUAUAAGAUCGAAAUCCAUGAUUAUAUUAAAAUGUGUAAAUAAACCUGUGAUUAUGCUAA